UUACAUGUUUUGGUUGAUGCGUGAAUGAUAGGUAUCUCCUCGGCUAUAGAUGUGCAGGUAUAGAUGUCUAUCCGGCUAUGCUUCCUUCUCGAUGUACUCAUGAUUGUCAGGUAAUGUCUCAGGUAUGUUUCCUUGACGAGAGCUCAACUGCUUAUGAGAUUGGAAACCGAGUUGUGAGGUGAGCACUCCAAUGCUGUGAAAACAAUGAAAUAUUUAAUAACUGAUAAUAUUGGAAAUCAAUAAGCAUCACAAGAGGCAGUGCUAUUCGAAAAAUAUAGAAUGUUUGAGUGAAUGUAACGGUUUUUCAUGAUAGGAGAGAAUACUUACAAAUCUGAAUGAUGUUGAUAACAAUGUGGGAGGAUAGAACAGCAUGUGCUGCUCCAUGCUGAGUCCAAGGGGAGAAAUUUGAAUUUUUUCACCUUGUAGCACGUGUGCCUCUCACUCACAUGAGCCUGGAACAGAGAGAGAAACGCAUGCUAUAUAAACAGAUGUAAUGUGAGCAAAUUAUCAUUUACAUAAGAGUCACAUUCGAGUGUACUACAUACUCUACUUCACUAUCAUAUGAGAUGAAUUCGUCAUCGUCAAUCUCGUCCUCAUUCAUCCUCCCAGAUAGCUCACCAGCACAGGAGCAUAUCCUCAACUACUGGCAGCCGAAAGCUGCCCUCGCUGCCCCUGCCUCCACUGCUGCAGGUCCUCCUUCUCCGCUCGCUGUGGAGCCGCCAUCGUCUGGGGAGAUUGUACUGAGUGACAGCCCAGUUCAGCACUUGGCUCCACCUGCUACCUGGGCACCGCCGCAGCAUGCGGUGCUAACAAUGCUGAGCAACAAUAUCAAGCAGAAGCAGGGGAAGAGGAGGUUGGUGUUUGAUGAGGCUGAGGUUAGAGGAGACAAGGAUGAGGCAAUCUUCUCACAAACAAAGAAAUGUGCGGUGGAGGACAACUCAUCACUUGUCCCCCUGAUGAAGGAGGUGCUGCGGGCAGAGGAGGAGGAGGAUGAGAUUGACUUUGUUCAGCUCAUCAAUCGCCCCGCGCCCAAACCCUGGGUGCCACUUGAAGAGUUAAAGGAGGAUGUGCUGUACCCCAUCAUCAGUGCGAGGGAGGACAGCAAUAAACAUGGGUGGCAUGUUAUUUUGAAAAUUAGGAAUGUAGGAAGCAAAUCACAGUGUGAGGUAUAUUUACCACAGCAAUUUGCUUCCUGCAUCAGUGCAGAGAAAAUAGAACAAUUCAAUAGAAGUUGUAAAAAUUUGGUAUUGCUGGUAUCACAUAAGUCGGGGAAUUGGACCAAUAUAAGAAUUGUCAAGCAUUAACAAUUUUUGUAUCUUUAAAAUUCGUCGGCUUAUGUGUUACGAAUUGUAUAGAUGUGUG